AUGGCAAACCCGCCAAGAGAAGUAGGAGCUGAAAGGCGAAUGACUAUGAAAGAUUAUGCACUGCCUACAAUUGGUAACACUACUUCAUGCAUAGUUCUAGGUGAUACAUCUAGGAAUUAUGAACUUAAGAGCAUUCAUUUUAAUAUGCUUCCUUCAUUUUAUGCUGGGGGUGCUAUGUUAGAAAGGACACCUGAUGAGGUUUAUAAUAUCUUUGAGAUGUUAGGAGCCAAUUCUCUACAAAAGAGUGUGAGGACAAAGAGAAUAGAAGUAAAUGAAGUGGUAGCUAAUAGUGAGAUGGCCAUACAAUUGACUGAAUUGACUAAGCAAGUUAAUAUACUUACUUCAAUAAAAAAUUCACAAAAUAAUGAGGUAUAUGAUAUUUGUGGUAUUUAUGGUCAUAGUACUAAUGUUUGUUCAUCUUUUAAUAAUUACAGAGGAAAUAUGUAUGACCAAACAAAUUUGAUGGAUUCUUACCAGCCCAUGCAUCCUAUGAAUGACCCUUAUUCCAACACAUAUAAUACAGAUCAAGAACAAACUCUUCGAUCUAAUGAACAAAUGAAGCCAAGUUUGGAAGAAACACUUCAAUCAUUUAUGAUGGCUUCUCAUGAUAGGAUGGAGAGGAAUGAGAAAAAGACAGAUUCCAUUGAGACUUCACUAAAACGUUUAAAAGCUCAAAUGGAACAAAUUGUUGAAGAGCUCAAUAAAGAGGAACUAUCAAAUCAACUUGAACAAGCCAAUUGCAUUACUACUAUUAGAAGAUGUGAGGUUGUCGAUAAUAUUGCUAUGGAAACUGAAACAAAUUUUUCUUCUUAUGCAGGUACACCUAAAAAUGAUGGAUUAGUGCAAAGCAAUGAGGAAAGCAUACAAAAGGAAGAAAAAGUAGAGCCUAAUCUUAGGUUGGAGAAGAAAGAAAAGGAAGCAUUUUCUGGACCCGAAUUUCAUAAGGCAGCUCAGCCUUAUAGACCCCCUAUUCCUUUUGUAAACCAACCCAAAGAGAGCAAAAAUGAUGAAUUUUUUUUUGAAAGUAUUGAAAUGCUCUCUAAAGUUAAUACUAACUUACCUUUGUUGGAUGUUAUCAGGAAUAAACCAGCUUAUGCAAAAUUCUUUGAAGAGUUGAACACCAACAAAAGACGAUAUGCGAACAACGAAAAAGUACAAGUAGCAAGUGUAAUGCUUCAACAUCAAUUGCCCCUUAAGAUGAAGGAUCCUGGUAGCUUCACCAUUAAUAUUACAAUAGGUGCCAAAAAGGAUACAAAAGUCAUGUUAGAUUUGGGAGCAAGCAUCAACUUGAUGACGUAUUUGAUGUAUGAACUACUUGGCUUAGGAGAGUUGAAGGCUACCACUAUGUAUCUACAAUUUGCAGACAUAUCGAUAAAAUACCCUAGAGGUAUAGUAGAAGACUUGCUAGUGCAAGUAGGUAAAUUAAUAAUUCCAGUUGAUUUUGUAGUACUUGACAUGGAAAAUACACCAACAAGGGAUAAAGAGCAAACCAUACUCCUUGGUAGACAUUUCAUGGCAACUACAAGAACUGUGAUUGAUGUGCAUGAUGGAAAACUUACCAUGACAGUUUUAGGAGAAACUGUGGAACUUAAAAAUUUUCAUGACACUUUAGAUGUUCGCAUAAAUAGUAUGAAGCCAUACUUAAAAGGAAUGGCUUAUGACGAAAAGGUGGAGUGCGCGGAUGAACGCUCACCAUGA